GUUGUGAUAUACAAUUUCGAGUGCCAGAAAUAGGAAGGGUUUUACGGGUAAUAUCGCGAACCAAAUCACGAUUCGACAUGUGGAGGAAUGUACAUUACGAUAAACGGAUUGGGGAAUGGUCUGUUGGAGUGCAUGGCAUGCAAGACAGACAGCGUUUGAUCACUCGAACGAUCGGGAUUCUUUUCUUUUCUUCUCGAUCGGGCUUUUGUAAAGUUCUCUAUUUCUUUUGUUUCUUGUUUUUUUCCCCUUGUUCUUUCGCCUUUUACCAUUUCCUCUCUUUUUCCUGGGGACGGUGGGAAUGAUAUGAUGCUGGGGUUGGGUUUUUGAGGCGCAUGGAUUUUGUAUUCCGUUUUCUUUCUUUUUUUCUUUCUUAUUGCUUGCAUGGGUUUGCGGUGUAGUUUUUGUUUUCUCGGUCCGUUGUUUCCAUUUGGCCCCGGAUACAUAUCACACUGCUUGGGUUGUUUCUUUCUUUUGAUAGUUGCUUUUUUGUUACGAACAAGAUACUAGAUGGGCUAGUAUCUAUGUGCGUACAGGGGAGGUGGUGGGCGGGAGUGGUAGUGAGGUGUGCCCGGAAGCGAUGGGCAGCGAUCGCCAUCGCUGCGUGUCUGGUCCAGUCUCAGGUACCGGGAUUCAAUCUGCGAAGAAACUUGCGAAACAGGAGGUAUACACCAUGGGCUGGGCUGGGUAUACUGGGGGGAAAACUAUCGACCUUGCUACGAAACGAAAAUCUUGGUCUGGAUAGUGAAUAGAGACAAAUGCUGCUAUCUGGGGCAAAAUUCGAACGACUGCGGUUACAGGCAUGGAUGAGUCAGUGAAACGGGGGUAACCAUCUUAUUAAUUCCUUUCCUGAUGAUGACAAUUUUACAACAAAAACGAUACUACCGUCUGUAUCCACAAUUUUCCUUUGGUGCGUUCUAUCAGGUCACGGACUUGGUCCACACGCUGAAAAUGAGGGGUACCAAUGGGCGACCACCCGAAUGGAUACGUAUUCGAUAGCACCAACAUUCGAGAAAAAACCGACGCGAAAAAAAUAGAGACGAGACAUGCGGAAAGAAAGACCUAAACAACAUCCCUCAGAGCAAACGAAGGGGGGAAAAAAUCGAAUUCGAAAAGCGAGCAGACAGCCAAUACGAAAUGGGGUUGCGCACUUCAUUCAAAAGCUCUUUACAGAUUUUUCUUUUUUUCUUUUCUUUUCCUUUCUUUCUGUUGCAGCAGGACAAAAUGAGAUGGGAUGUCUAUUUUCGUUUUGAAGUACCAUGUAUUAGAUAUCCGCUAUUGGCCAAUUCCUGUAUGGACCCCUUGGAAGGGAUUUGGUAUGAUAGUAAUGAACAAUUUUCCGUCUCUAAA